GUACCCUCCAUGAGCCUUACGAACAUUCAUCGAUCAAAACUCAAUAUCCAAGUCUCAUCAUAUUAUCAAAUAGAAGUAUUUUAGCUGAUAAGCUCAAAGUCUUUGCUUAGAAAAAGAAGAAGAUGGCGUCUUACCAAAACCGACCCGGAGCUCAGGCCACUGACGAGUACGGAAACCCCAUCCAGCAGUUGGACGAAUAUGGAAACCCAAUUGGCCGUGGAGCUACCGGCGGAGGAGGUUACGGAACUGGUGGAGGAUACGGAGGAGGAGCAACUGGUGGGACCUACGGGACAGGUGGCGAAGGAUACGGGGCUGGAACUGGAGCGUUAGGAGCUGGCGUAGGAGGUAGGCAUCACGGCCAGGAGCAGCUUCAUAAGGAAAGUGGUGGUGGUGGCUUGGGAGGAAUGCUUCACCGCUCAGGAUCCGGAUCCAGCUCUAGCUCGGAGGAUGAUGGACAAGGUGGGAGGAGGAAGAAGAAGGGAAUAACUGAUAAGAUUAAGGAGAAGUUGCCAGGUCACCAUGAUCAGUCUGGUCAAUCUCAAGGCAUGGGGAUGGGAACUACCACCGGGUAUGACGAGGGAGGCUAUGCUGGCGAACGCCAUGAGAAGAAGGGGAUGAUGGAAAAGAUCAAGGAAAAGCUUCCCGGUGGUGGUCAUCACUAAGCAAGUUAAACUCUGGGACAAACGUAUAUGCAUAUAUAAAUUAAAAUAAAGAAAAGCUCGUAACACAGUGGCAUCCGGACCUUUUACUUUUAGGUGUGUGUUUUUAUAUAUGCACGUCCUUCGACGUGUUAUGGUUUAUAUGAGUGUAAGAGGCAUCGCUUGGCUCUUUUUAUGUUCUUCAGCUGUAUGUACGGUACAGUGUUAUGUACUUUCAUAUCUAUAUAUCUAUCUACUUUUUCUUGUUA